AAAAGAAUAAAUAAUCUUGGAUGCAACCACAUAACAUGGAGGGGAACAUCAAACGCAAGAAACAGGACACCACAACUUUUGGCUACGAAGAAGAAUCUAGUCGGAAACGGCCAAAACAUCAGGACGGCCGCCUCUACGAGUGGAUUCAUAGCGGCGUUCUGUUUGAUUUUACCAAUCAACCGACAACAACAGAGGAAGCUGCGCGAGAAGUGGUCAAGUGCCUGGGACUGCACAAUGUUGAAAGCAUCGAACUCGUCCCGUAUUUGGAGAAUGGACAAGGCAACCUUAUGGACUAUGACCAAAACAAGACGGGUUUUCAUUUGUUCGUAAAGAUUCCCUCGGCAUCUGUUCGACUCCAAGCCCAGGAUCGAGGUGUUCGUGCCAACAAAUACCCAGGAGCCCCACUCGUAUACGGCAUUCCCAUUGCCGCUUAUCCCGAAAUUUUGCAACUAAAGAAAGCAGGAAAGCACCUAUCCUUCGAUGAAAUCAAAAGAAAAAAGGCAGAGUAG